GUGUGCAGCAGUUCCUGAGCCCACAGACCGCCAUGCGUCUUCAGAGCAGCGAGGUGACGCUGGACAGACACACUGGCGUAAGACACUGUCUCUGAAUACUGUGACCGCUCUCACCAUGGAGAGUUUCAACAACACCACAGAAACCCACGAGUCGAAUGAGAACGCGACGAUAGUUAGUGAAGUUACACUGAGUUACCAAAUAGUCGCCUCGCUUUUUCUGGGUGCGUUAAUUCUGUUUGCCAUAUUAGGAAACGCGUGCGUAAUUGCUGCCAUCGCCUUGGAGAGAUCGCUUCAGAAUGUGGCCAACUAUCUCAUCGGUUCCUUGGCUGUCACAGACCUCAUGGUGUCGGUGCUGGUACUACCCAUGGCGGCCCUGUAUCAGGUUUUGAACAUAUGGACACUUGGACAAGAAAUAUGCGACCUGUUCAUAUCUCUAGACGUCUUGUGCUGCACAUCUUCCAUUCUGCACUUGUGCGCAAUUGCUUUGGACAGGUACUGGGCGAUCACUGAUCCCAUAGACUACGUGAAUAAAAGGACACCCAGAAGAGCGGCUAUCUUGAUCAGCCUCACCUGGCUUAUAGGAUUUUCCAUUUCAAUUCCGCCAAUGUUGGGUUGGAGGAAGCCGGAGGACCGGGCAGAUCCCAACGCGUGCACUAUCAGCCAAGACCACGGGUACACCAUCUAUUCAACUUUUGGAGCUUUUUACAUCCCGCUCAUUCUUAUGUUGGUACUCUACGGCAGGAUAUUCAAAGCGGCGAGGUUUCGAAUAAGGAAAACGGUCAAGAAAACUGAGAAAGUAUCGGAUAAAUGCCUCAGCGUGUCUCCGGCGUUGUUUCCGAGGAGGGCGAACGGCGAGGUGAGCAAAACCUGGAGACGAAGCGUGGAGCCCCAGCCAUGCGUGUGCGUAAACGGAGCGCUGAGACACGCGGAGGACGCAGAAUCGGUCGAGAUCACAGAAGUCCAAAGCGUCUCCAGAAACCACCUUGCACUGCCAAACAACCCACAGCCGUGCUUCGAGAAAAGACACGAAAAAAACACAGAAGCGAAGCGCAAAGUGGCUCUGGCAAGAGAGCGCAAAACGGUCAAGACUUUGGGAAUCAUUAUGGGUACGUUCAUUUUCUGCUGGCUGCCUUUUUUUAUAGUGGCGCUUGUUUUGCCUUUCUGUAAAGACUGUUUUAUGCCGGAGUGGUUGGGGGCAGUCAUUAACUGGCUCGGAUACUCCAACUCACUGUUGAAUCCCAUCAUAUACGCGUACUUCAAUAAAGACUUUCAAAAUGCAUUUAAGAAGAUUUUGAAAUGCAAAUGUAUUAGACAGUGAACUCUGAGGAUCUGCUUCAUCUCAUCAAAAAUGCUAUUUAAUGGAUGCUGAUACUGUUAAAUGACUAAUCAGUUCCAGGGACAUAAAAGGACAGAACCGCACAAGAAGAGGUAGAGCUCUGUCCUUGUGUAUAUGUUUAUCUGUGAAGUUUUUUUGCUUCCUCAACAAACUGUGCAUAUAGCCUAACACUGGAUGGAUUCAGAUGAAAGACAAGGACUG